CUGCCUUAUUGUUCUAUGACACCAACUUGUAUAUGAUGUGAUUUUACAUGAUGAUGUUUCUUAUGAAAUGCAAAAUGUAACGAGCCGUUGCUUUUUGGCAACUCGCCAAAUUAGGCUGGCUUAGUUUUAGAAAGCUUGACGAUGAAGUACAUUAGGCGCAAUGUCAUGUGUUCGACCAAUUUUUGACAGUGGCCUUUGGCUAUUCACCCCUAUAGGCCUACAAAGACUAGCAUUUCUCUCCACAGUUCGAUGGUUCAUCAUCUGAUCUGCAAUUAUUGCAAGAGUUUCGAUAAUGGCUUUUAAGUGAUGAGAAGCAGAGUUUCACACACCAAGUUAUUGCCUCAUCGUGCAGUUUCGUGAUUCCUGACCUUGAUUGUGACUCAAGGUCUUAAGGAUGGCAUCGUCUCUUUGUGAUUUCUCAGCUGGUUGGUUUGGUGGGGUGAUUGGAUUGAUUGUCGGUCAUCCCUUUGAUACUUUAAAGGUACGUCAACAAUCCCUGCAAAACCCCAGCCUCUGGCAUGUCACCAAAAGUUGCUUCCAAUUCGAGGGGGUAAGUACGGUCCAGGGGUUCUUCAAGGGGAUGUACUAUCCUCUUCUCUCAGCCGGAGCGUUGAACUCGUUAUUUUUUGGCGUGUACGGAAUGUCAUUGAACGCGAUGACGGAACUUCGCACUGGUAAACCCGCCACGAAGGUCAAGCCCACCUAUUGGGAGGUAUACUGGGCUGGGUGUGCAGGUGGAGCAGCACAAUUGGCCGUCUCCUGUCCUGUUGAUCUAGCUAAAAUUAGAUUGCAAACACAAAUUAAAGCCGCAGGUGCCCAAGGGUGUUCAAAGCUAAGCCCAUACAAAGUACUAAGGGACAUAUAUAUGACGAAAGGGCUCACCGGGUGGUACCAAGGGCUGGUUCCAAUGGCUUUAAGGGACGUUCCAUCAUAUGGUGUGUAUAUCAUGGUCUAUGAGAUGAUUGUGGAUCGACUUUGCGACCGUAGAAAGGGACAAAUUCCGACCCCUUUUCAAUCUGUGUGGGUAGGAGGCGUGGCAGGUACUGUUUCUUGGGUUGUUGUGAUUUACUUCGACGUGGUGAAAUCUCGGAUGCAAGCCGACUGUCCCAUCAACCCUAAAUACAAUGGGACCAUUGACACAUUCCAACAAUGCUACCGAGAGGGCGGAAUAAAGAUAUUCGGUCGAGGGAUGGUCGCAGUUUCUCUCAGAGCCUUCCCCCUCAAUGGAGCUACAUUCCUAGGAUAUGAAUAUAUUUUGGAUAUUUGUCGGAAGAGUCAACGGGAAUCUUAGAAGAAAGAACAAGAUUGCUUACGUGUAAACAACAUACCUUUAUCAGAUUGACAAAUUAGUUAACGCAUAAUAUGAGCGAUAAAUAUGUAUAUAUAUUUUUGAUUCAGAGUGAAACAUGUAUGUGUAGUGAAUGAUG